UUUAUCUAGCUGUUUUGUGUUUUUCCUUUAGUAACUACAUUUCCCAAUACGCUUUGCGGCAUCACUUGACGCUUAAAUGGCUUCACAUGACAUCAACACAUUUCUGACUUGUUUCCUAAAAAAGCAAGUUAAAACCAGUAGCCCACUUCCCCAGAAACACAAUUGAUGUCCACAUCGCACAGUAGGAAAAGCACGCACAGGUAUAUUCAGUCAUGGCCCCUUCUGUUGAUAAAAAGCUGACCGGCCUAAUUGCAGCCACUUUUACUCCAUUUACCAGAGAAGGUGAAAUCAAUCUACCCGAGAUUGGUCCUUAUAUUGACUACUUGACAGAGAAGCAAGGUGUUCGUAACAUAUUUGUGAAUGGCACCACUGGAGAGAGCAUGUCUCUCAGUGUUACAGAGAGGAAGAUCCUGGCUGAGGAGUGGUGUCAGAAAGCCAAGGGCAAAAUGGAUCAGGUGAUAGUGCACGUCGGCUGCAUGAGUCUUAAAGAUGCCCAAGAACUGACUCGCCAUGCAGCACAGAUCAGGGCUGAUGCCAUAGCAGUCAUUGCCCCUUCCUUCUUCAAGCCAAGCAAUGCAGACGUGUUGAAGUCAUUCCUUCAAGAAGUGGCUUCAGUUGCCCAAACUCUGCCUUUCUAUUAUUACCAUCUUCCAGCUAUCACCGGUGUUAAUGUGCCGGCAAAAGAUGUGUUGGACGGUAUUGAGAAACUCAUUCCCUCCUUCAGAGGUGUGAAGUUCAGUGGGAGGGACCUGAUGGACUUUGGCCGGUGUGUCAGCAACAGUCCGCCUCACUGGUCUGUCCUCUACGGCGUGGACGAGCAACUGCUUGCAGCUCUGGCCAUGGGAGGCCACGGAGCAGUUGGCAGCACAUAUAACUAUUUAGGAUGUCAUGUCAACAAGCUCAUAUCAGCAUUUGAGAAUGGCGACCUUGUCCAAGCCAGGACAAUACAGUUCAAGACGCAAGAGCUUCUCAGUUAUGCCAUGAAACUUGGCUUUGAUCUGGGAGUGAACAAGCAGCUGAUGAAUGAGUUGUCAGGCUUGUGUCUCGGCCCCCCCCGACUUCCUGUGAUGCCGUGUCCUCCUGAUCGUGCCAAGUCCAUUGCAUUGAAAUACAACAGCAUUUUUCCUGAAUGCUGACGUGUUCAUACUGGGUUGUUGAAAUCCAUCAACACAGCAGUUCUUACACUUUGAAUCAUACUGUACCAUUAAAUAGGAUCUUUUUCCAUGAGUCAGUCAAAUCCGUUAUGUUAACCAGUAUCUUAAUUUCAGUGUUUAUCACGUCAUAAAAUGUGAAAAUAACCAAGUCUCAUAAUCAAGGGAAUGUGGCACUUUUGGUUUUGCUACAUUUAGGGAACAGGGGGACUGUCACAAAUCAGCAGAGUUAUCUUUUUAUCCCGUACUGUGUCAGCUGAGUCUCAUCAAAAGACCACUUUAAGCCUUGUUAUGUAAAUCACGUGGUGGCAUUACAUUCAUAGAAAUUCAAAAUGAGCACAAUGAAGUGCUUUCAAAAA